UGAGCCUGGGGAGGUGCAGAAGAUCCGGAGCGGAGGGGGUCGGCCAGCAUGUUGCACUGCGCGGGGUCCCACAAACUUGUGAAACAGGUGAGCGCCUGCUGUCUGCUCCUGCCCCGCUUCCUACUCACGGCGCUAAUGCUGCGGCUGCUGGACUUCUCGUGUAUCAGGAGGAGGGUCCUGGCGUCCGCUAGGGAGGAGAGCAGCCCCGAGCCCGAAGACCCCCCGCUGUGCGUGUCCGACUCUAAUCGCAUGUGCACCAAGGAGUCGCUGCGAGCCGUCUGGCACGGACACAAACUGGACUUGUUCAAGUCGGCGCAUCUGGGCAGCUCUGCCCCCAACACUCAGGUGGUGACGCUGGAAGGGCAGAGACUUUGCAACAUCUUGGAUUUCUCCCAGGGGAACCGACCGCUGGUUGUCAAUUUCGGCAGCUGCACCUGACCCCCCUUCAUGGCUCGUCUCCAAGCCUAUAGUCGCCUGGUCGCCCAGCACGUCGCCAUCGCAGAUUUCCUUCUGGUCUACAUAGAAGAAGCGCAUCCGACUGACGGCUGGAUCAGCACCGACGCCUCCUACCAAAUCCCCCAGCACCGCUGUCUCCAGGAGCGUCUGGCCGCGGCUCAACUCAUGCUCCAGGGGGCGCCGGGCUGCCGGGUGGUCGCCGACACUAUGGACAACUCCUCCAACGCCGCCUAUGGAGCCUACUUUGAGAGACUUUACAUCAUCCUGGAGGGCAAGGUGGUUUACCAGGGGGGUCGGGGACCCGAGGGCUACAAGAUCUCUGAACUGAGGCUGUGGCUGGAGCGGUACCAGCAGCGAAUCAUUAACCCGGAGAGUCACGUGCUCAUCCAAAUCUAAACAGAGGCACCAAUGGGAGAGCAGUAACCCAGCAGCAGUAUUAUUAGUAUUAUAUUAGUAUUAUUAUAGGCUGGUGCUGGAAACUGUAUUAAAUGAAGUGACUGAUCUCUACAGACUGCAGUGAGUGCGACUAAAAGACUCAUUUCUAAAAUGCGACAAAUGUUGCUGUGUAGUUGCAAUUGAGUAGCUGCGGCUUAGGGUAAGGGCACAUGCUAAUAUUCUGGGAGAUUUAGUCUCCUGGCGACUAAUCGUCUGAACUUUGGGGCGACAAUCUCCCCGAACUGCCUUCCGCCGACAGCGACUGCGGCAAUGCACUCGCUGUGCUUCGAUUUCCGAAGGCGCCCAAAGUUGCCUCAUGAUGAAACUUCGGGCGGCUUUGGAAAUCGAAUCGCCUGCGCGUGCAUUGUCACUCACAGGCGAUUUUUCAUUUUAGCAGGCUGAAGGCAGGGGAGAUUGUCCCCCCCCCAAAGAAGAGGCGAUUAGUCGCCAGGCGACUAAAUCUCCCCGAAUCUGCCCGUGUGCUAAAGCCCUAAGAGCACACGCUAAGAUUUGGGGAGAUUUAGUCGCCCGGCAACAAAUUGCCUCUUCUUCGGGAAACUAAUCUCCCCGAAAAGCCUUCCUGCAAACAAGAAUGUAAAUCGCCGUCAGGAUGGCACUCCAAAGGCUCCCAAAGUUGCCUCACCAGGAAAUUUAGAUUCUAGAUGGUGGGAAGGCAUUUUGAGGAGAUUUGUCGCCCGAAGAAGAGGCGAUUUGUCGCCGGGCGACUAAAUCUUCCCAAAUCUUAGCGUGUGCCAUGAGAGAGAUUUAGUCGCCUGACGACUAAUCGCCUCUCCGGCGCAAUAAUCUGCCCGAACUGCCUUUCCCCUGCCUUCCGCCAGCUAAAAUGAAAAUCGCCUGCGGGAAGGGACACACGGCACUUCGUUUUCCAAAGUUGCUUGAAGUUUCCUCACGAAGAAACUUCAGGCGAUUACGGAAAUCAAAACGCCACGAGUGCAUUGCCACAGGCAAUUUUUCAUUUUAGCCGGUGGAAGGCAGUUCGGGGAGAUUGUCGCCCCGAAGAAGAGGCAAUUAGUUGCCAGGCGACUAAAUCUCCCCAAAUCUGCUCAUGUGGCCAGACCCUUAGAGAUGUCAUUGCAAAGAAUAAGCUAUAACGUCUGUCUGUGCAUCCUCCGCUGUGUGUGUGCGACCAGUGCUCUGUGAAGAGGGCGGGGUUACAAGGGGCGUGUCACUGGAGCCCCCCACACUGACUCUGCAGGUGGUUGCUAAUGACGACCGAUUUUGAAAUGGUCUCACGGCCAAAAACUCGCGUCCGACGUCUCCCCCUCCCUUUCUCAAACCACCUGCAGGCUCUGGUGUCGGGCUCUCCAGUCCAGUGAAUUUAUUUAUGUGAUUUUUUUUUUUUUUUUGUAAGCAGACUUUUAUAUAAAGGAUUUUUUACAAUUAAAAAAAUAA